UCGACAGUCACUGUUCACCCAGAAGAAGACGUGGUGCUGUGUCAUGUGUGUUGGUUAGCAAGCUGCUUUUAGCGCUUUAAAGAUCCUAACAAGUGGGGUUAAAUAAAGUAAAAAGAAAAAAGUCAAAUCAGAACCACAGAAAAGGUGAGAAAUGCCCAAAAAAGUAAAAGAAGCAGCAGAGUGGGUGGACAGCGAGGUAUCUGCGACAGCAGAAAAGGCUGUGAAAAAGGGCAAGGCUGAUAAAAAGGGCAAAAAGAGUUUCUUUGAGGAGCUUUCCACAGACAGCAAAGCUCAGAAGGAGGCUGAGGUGGGCGUGAACCCACAAGGAGGGAAGCAGCCUCAGAAAAAGAAGAAAGACCGGCGGAAAGGAAAAAGUGCUGAUGAAGGAGAUGAUGAUGUGAUGUUGAGGCUGAAAAACCUGUCUGUGCAAGCAAGCGACGAGGAAGAUGACUCGGGCAGUGUUCCCAACAAAGGAAGUAAGAAGAAUAAGGGUGGAAACAUCUUUGCCGCUCUCAUCCAGGACCAAAGUGAAGAUGAUAAAAGCAGCGAUUUGGAGGAAGACAACAAACUAUUGAAAAAGGAGGCUGAGAAGUGCAAGAAAAAUGCUAAAGCUAAGUUCAGCAAAGUACAGGCUACGUGUGACGAAGAAGCUAGAAUGGAGAACGAUGAGGAGAAAUGUUCAAAACCGGCCAAGAAAGUAGAAGCCAAACAGACAAAGAAAGAGAACACAGCUGAGCGCUCGCACAGUGAUGAUGAAGCGGAUGAGGAUUGUAGUGAUGGAGGAGACAUGAUCAUGAGUGCUGAAGAUGUCUUGGCACAACAAGCCGAGCAACCGGAAGGUGACCCUUAUGCCAACCUCAGCAAAAAGGAAAAGAAGAAGAAAAAGAAACAGAUGGAGUAUGAGCGUCAGGUCGCCAGUGUUCGUGCUCAGAAUGCUUUGGAAGGAGACUUCUCCAUUUCCCAGGCUGAAAUGUCCUCGCGACAGGCAAUGUUGGAGAAUGCUUCUGAUAUCAAGCUGGAGAGGUUUAGCAUAUCUGCUCAUGGAAAGGAACUGUUUGUCAAUGCUGACCUUCUGAUUGUGGCAGGAAGAAGAUAUGGUUUGGUUGGACCAAAUGGCAAAGGAAAGACUACGUUACUCAAACACAUUGCCAACAGAGCACUCAGUAUUCCUCCAAACAUUGAUGUGUUGCUCUGUGAACAAGAGGUGGUGGCUGAUGAUACUCCGGCAGUGCAGGCAGUUCUGAAGGCCGACACUCGACGCCUGAAGCUUUUGGAAGAAGAGAAACGACUCCAGGCUCAUCUGGAAAAGGGAGAGGACAGCUUUGCAGAGAGGCUGGAAAAGGUUUAUGAGGAACUAAGGGCAAUAGGAGCUGCAGCUGCCGAAGCCAAAGCUCGAAGGAUCCUGGCUGGUUUGUCAUUCACGCCUGAAAUGCAGAACAGACCUACCAAAAAGUUUUCUGGUGGCUGGAGAAUGAGGGUUUCCCUGGCCAGAGCUCUGUUCAUGGAACCCACUCUACUGAUGCUGGAUGAACCCACCAAUCAUCUGGACCUGAAUGCUGUCAUCUGGCUCAACAACUACCUUCAAGGCUGGAAAAAGACACUGCUGAUCGUUUCCCAUGACCAGAGCUUCCUUGAUGACGUGUGCACAGAUAUCAUCCAUCUGGACAACCAGAAACUGUACUAUUACAGGGGAAACUACUUGACCUUCAAGAAAAUGUAUGUGCAGAAGCAGAAGGAACUCCAGAAACAGUAUGACAAGCAGGAGAAGAAACUCAAAGAGCUGAAAGCUGGUGGCAAGUCCACUAAACAGGCGGAAAAGCAGACUAAGGAGGCCUUGACCAGGAAGCAGCAGAAAGGCAAGAAGAAGGGAGGACAGGAAGAAGAGAGCAGCGAGGCCACGGAGCUGUUGAAGAGGCCAAAAGAAUACACUGUGAAGUUCACCUUCCCCAACCCACCUCCUCUGUCUCCACCCAUACUGGGACUACACAGUGUUGACUUUGGAUAUGACAGUCAAAAACCUCUCUUCAGGAACGUGGACUUUGGAAUUGACAUGGACUCCAGAGUUUGUAUCGUUGGUCCAAAUGGUGUUGGGAAGAGUACGCUACUGCUGCUGCUCACGGGAAAACUACAUCCUACCAAAGGUGAGAUGAGGAAGAAUCAUCGUCUGAAAGUGGGCUUCUUCAACCAGCAGUACGCCGAUCAGUUAACCAUGGAGGAGACGGCCACAGAGUACCUGAUGAGGAACUUCAAUCUGCCGUACCAGGACAGCAGGAAGUGUCUGGGUCGAUUUGGGCUGGAGAGCCACGCACACACAAUUCAGAUCUCCAAGCUCUCAGGUGGUCAGAAGGCCAGGGUGGUGUUUGCUGAGCUGGCCUGUCGUCAGCCUGACGUGCUGAUCCUGGAUGAACCUACCAACAAUUUGGACAUCGAGUCGAUUGAUGCCUUGUCAGAGGCCAUCAAUGAAUACAAAGGAGCUGUUAUCAUUGUGAGCCAUGAUGCCAGACUCAUCACAGAGACUCAGUGCCAGUUGUGGGUUGUAGAGGACCACUCAGUCAACCAGAUCGAUGGAGACUUUGAUGAUUACAAGCGGGAAGUACUGGAGGCCCUGGGAGAAACCGUGGUCAGCAAGACCCACGCCUGAUGUCCACGAUCCCACACAAAGCAAAGAUCAAAGCUUCACACAGCUCAGUUUGCUUCAUGAAGACAAUAAAAGAAUAAACAUUUAAACUCU